AUGGGCUGCUUUCAUUCCACGUCAAGAAAGCAGUUUUCCAGACAUGAAGAUCCUGUUCUUCUUGCAUCUCAAACAGCUUUUAGCGUGAGUGAGGUUGAAGCAUUGUUUGAACUGUUUAAGAGCAUCAGCAGUUCUGUCAUUGAUGAUGGCCUUAUUAAUAAGGAGGAACUUCAAUUGGCGUUGUUUAAGAACCGGAAAAAAGAGAAUCUUUUCGCAAACCGGAUCUUUGAUCUUUUUGACGUAAAGCAAAAGGGGGUAAUUGAUUUUGGUGAUUUUGUUCGAUCCCUCAGUGUUUUCCAUCCAAAUGCACCACAAGAGGACAAAAUUAAUUUUUCUUUUAAGCUAUAUGAUUUGGAUGGAACCGGAUAUAUUGAGCGGCAUGAGGUUAAGCAAAUGUUGAUUGCACUUCUAUGCGAGUCUGAGAUGAAGCUGGCUGAUGAAACAAUUGAGAUAAUAUUGGAUAAGACUUUUGUAGAUGCCGACAUUGAUCAGGAUGGAAAGAUUGGCAAGUCUGAGUGGCACGAUUUUGUGACCCGAAAUCCUUCACUGUUGAAGAUAAUGACACUCCCAUAUCUAAGGGAUAUAACCACGACAUUUCCUAGCUUCGUGUUCAACUCGGAGGUUGAUGAAUUUGCAACGUAA